UUCAUGUCUGUCUGUCAUUUAUUUUAUUAGUUUGCGUUUUCACUUUCAUUCUACUGUGUAAUAUACCGUGUCCGUGAAUUAUCUGCAAUAUUCAAUUAAAUGUAAUGUGACUAGCUGAACGCGAGUGAAAAUGUUCAAGAAACUCAAAGACAAACUAGCUGAAGAAGUAAAAUCUUCUCCACAGAGGAUUCAGCAGUUCGCGCAGGCUGCUCAGGCUGCAGUUACAUCAGCAUCCAGCAGCAUUUCGGACAUAACAAACAAUGAUUUGUUUUCCAUUGGGGAUAAUGAUAGUCAGCAAAGUCGUGCAGUCAAAUCGUCCCCAAGCGAUUUCAAAACUACAUUCCAAGAUGUUUCCCUUGGUCAAGCUGCAUCCAUGCAAACCAGCACAGAUUCUAUGGACUUUGUCUCUAGUCAAGACUUGACCGAGAAUCAAAGACAAAGAAGACUUUCAAACAGUUCAUUUGCUAGUGAUGUGUCCUUCAGAUUGCCUAGCUAUGAAACUCCAUCUAUGUACCACUUACAGUCUGAUAUGGAAGUAUCUGCCAGUGAAGCGGAAGAGCGUGGUUUCUCUGGCGGCAAUGUCAGCCUCGACCGCGUCACGAAAGAACAGAUAUAUGCCGCGUAUAGACGUACGCAAGAGCGAUACACUAAAUAUCGAACACAGUACGCCGAUUUAGCGCGACACUACAAACUUCUGGAACGAGAAAACGCAAAAGCAAGGAGUGUCUUGGUAGAAACUCAGGAUAAAGCAUUGAGAAGAAUAUCAGAAUUGAGAGAACAGUGUACAUUAGAACAAAGUGCAAAGGCACAUUUGGAAAAAGCACUGCGCGUUGAAAUAGAGGAGAAAAAUUUGAAAAUAGACACUUUGAAUACAAAAAUAAAACUUCUGCAGAGUGAUUGUCAAGACCAAGAUGAAAAUAGGAAUACAGCAGCAGCAAAUGAGAACAAUGUCCAAUUGAUCAGCUUUGACAGUGAAAGUAAUCAAACAGCUGAUGAAUGUAGUAACGUAAAUGAGUCCACAGAAACAGUAGCAUUGAAUACUAAAAUCGAAAAAUUAGAAAAAUUGCUUACUAAAUACAAAGAUUCACUUAAAUCUACAAAAGAGAAAUGUGCGCAAUUAACAACAGAAACACAAAUUUUUGCUAGCGAGUUGGAGUCAAAAAAUAAAGAAAUUGAGCAACUAAAGGUCAAAGUAGAAGAAUUACAAGAUGCUAAAAAACAAAUUGAAGAACUGAACUAUCACAAUGAAGAAUUACAAAAUAAAGUAAAUACAUUUGAUUUUAACAAAAAUAAGGAAAUCACUACUCUUGAAAUAGAUCUCCAAAAAGCGCAAGCUGAAAUAGCUCAACUUCAGAGCAAAAUUGAAGUAUUUACUAAACGUGAAGAAGAAUAUGCUAUUUCUUUAGCAGAAAAUAAACUAAGUAUUCAUAAAGAACUCGAGAACAAAGAAACAGAAAUAAAAUCUUUGAAGGACCGUUUGACCGAGAGCAAUCAGGAAGUUCAGUCACUAAAUAUUGUAAUAAAUGAUUACAAGAAUAAUAUUGCGUCAUUAGAAAAUGACACAUCCAAACUCAAAAUCGAAAUUCAUGAACUUAAGUCAAUAAAAUCGAAAUUUAUGGAUUUAGAAUCCCAAAUAGAAGAACUCACACAAAAGUGUCAAUCUUUAGAAAAUUCGAAAACUAAAGCAGAUGAAGAGUACAAGUGUCUUCAGUUGCAGCUGAAACAAGAAACCGCAGAAAAAUUGGCUAUGAUUGAUAGAAAUACUUAUUUGGAAAACCGAAAUUCACAGUUGUCUGAAGAAAAUACGAAGAAGACAUCUCAAAUAAGCAGUUUAGAUAGUGAAAUGCAAAAAUUGAAAAAGGAGAAGGAAAAUAUUGCUGAAGGAGACAGUUCUCAAAAAGUUAAAACUAUGGAAGAAAUUGAAAUUUGGAAAAAUAAAUGUAGUGGACUUGAAUCGGAAAUCCAAGAAGAAAGAGAUGAACUAGUAAAACUACAAUCUGAGAUUGAAAAAUUACUGGCAAAUCAUGAAUCAAUACAAAGACAGAACUUAGACCUGAAUAAACAAUUGAAUGACUUGAAAAAUGAAAAUCAGAUAUUAUUGCAACAACAAUCGGAUAAAUUAAAUAUUAAAAAAGUUUGCAAUAACCUUCUUCUUCAAAUAAAUGAUUUGAAAGAAGAUAUUUCUCUUACUGCUCAAGACACAAAUUCGCUUAAGAAAUGUAAUUUAAGUGAAAUGACUAAAUUAAAAGAAAGUAUCAAUGAGUUUUUACGCAAUAUACCUCAAACAGAUGAGAUUAACAGACUGAAAGCUGCGUUUGAAGAACAUAAAAGCCUCCACUCUUCUGCACGAAUUGAAAUAAAGCAGAUUUCACAAGAACUUCAAGAUGUUUCAGAGCUACUGAAGUCGGUGAAAGAAGAAAACAGCAGACUUAAAUUGGAAAUAAAUGCCUACGAAUUGCAAACACGCGAAAUGGAGGAAAACAUAAUUAAAUAUAAUGAAGAUUGCGAGCAAGCUACAGAAAAAUUAAGGUAUGCUAAUGCAGAUAAGCAAGAACUGGAGGAUAAACUACAACUGUCUAAUGUGAAAUGUCAACAACUUCAAAACACAAUUGACCACAAUAUCAAAGAAUACUCUAUAUUAAAACAAGAAAUAACCAAUAUGGAUGAGAAGAUCAAUAGUUUGGAAAAACACAGUGUAAUGCAAAGUACUGAAAUUAAAUCUUUAAACGAAAAACUAGAAGACAGUGAUCACAAAUUAAUAAAAUUGCAAGAAGAAAACAAGUCAUUAGAAGAACAAUUAGAAGUGUCUAAUGUCAAAAGUCAGGAGCACCAAAACAUAAUAGACCAAAAUAUUAAGGAAUGCUCUACGUUAAAACAAGAAAUAGCCAGUGUAGUUGAAAAGCUAAAUAAUUCAGAACAAGACAGAGUACUGCAAAGUACUAAAAUUACAGCCUCGAAGGAAGAACUAGAAGACGCAAUUCAUAAAUUUAACUUUUUACAAGAAGAAAACGAAGCCUUGCGAAAAGAGUUGAAAAACUGUGAGAGAAGUCAAGAACAAACUGUAAUAUUACAACAAAAUAUCACAGAAUUGACUCAAGAAAAUAAUUCGCUCAAAAGACAAACUGAAGGAAUUGCAAACAAUGUGAAAGAGCUUGAAAUUGAGCUAAGCGAAGUACGUAAAUCACAUAUGGAAAUAGAAAAUGAAAAAGAUCACUUAAACUCGAUUAUAGAACAAUUAGAAAGUAAUGAAAAGGAAAGGGAUCGGUCUGACAAAGACACACAAACUGCUAAUACAGAUUCUAAAGACGAAGAAGAAACGUCUGUUGUAAAGGUUCAAUUUAAUGAACUAUCGCAACAUGGUCCCUCAGACAAUACGUCGAUCGAAAAUACAGACACCUAUCGGUCUAUAAUACAGGACAAUGAUUUACUAAAAGAAGAAAAUAAACGUUUACAAUCAGAUGUGACAGGGCUUCAAACAUACUUGGCUAAAAUAUCCAAGGAGAACAGUGAGUUAAAUGAUAAAUUGCGGGAGUUCAUUGCGUCGAGUGAAAACUCGCCUGACAAAAACGAAAUGCUUUAUCAAAAUAUGACUGAACUAAAAAAUGAAAUAGAGAUGGGGAAAGAAAAACUCAAUGAUUUAAUUAGAGAAAAUACUUUGCUUGUAGAGGAAAACUUAGAACUGAAGGAUCAACUUAAUUCUCAAAACUACGUAAAUCCGUCAGCAUUGACUGAAGACAAAUUGAAAGAUAGAGAAUAUUUCGCUUUGAAAGAAAAAUACACAAAUGUAUUAGACGCAAAUAAUUCUUUAGAAAACAGGAUGGUCGAAUUAGAAAACAUGAAUAAAUCAGUCACUGGAAGUAUGAUGCAAAUGCAAGAAAAUAAUGAAAAACUGAGAUUAUCUAAUGAGAAAUUAGAGAGACGACUAGACGAGGCUCUUGUAAGCUUAAGACAUUUACAUUCCCUACAAGAAAAUACAGAACUAGAGUAUUUGAGAAACAUACUUUAUGAGUAUCUUACUGGUACUGGUGCACAUUCCGUCACAUUAGCUAAAGUAUUAGCAGCAGUUGUUAAAUUUGAUGACAGCCAAACUCACAUGGUCCUUCAAAAAGAAAAAGAGCGUCAAGGAUUUUUACGGCAAUUGGGACUUCUAUGAUACCAAGUUGCACUUAGCAUGCAGCAUACACAAAAACUACGAUAGUUAAUUAUAUAAAUUUAAUUAUUAUAGUUAAUUGUAAUUUGUAUCAUGUAAAUAGGGAUUUAUUUAACAAUAAUAAUAUUAUGUAAACAGAACUAAAUAUUUUUACUCUAAUGUAACAGCAAUGGUUACUUUUCUGUUGUAAGUAGUUAUAUACCAACAAAAUAUAUUAACAAUCAUGUUAUAAUUUUGAGUUAUUUAUUUAAAUUGAAAUUAUUUUUAAUAGAACCUGUUAUAUACAGGUUAAGGAUAUUUAUUUAAACUGAGUGUCUUAAAGUUACUAUGCAGGGCUACUAAGUAGGUAUCACUAAAAAUAAUGGUUGGUACCUAUAGGCACAGCCGUUUUCGCACUAGAUUCUCCCAUCCGAACCAAGUACGUCAAAUGACGAACUGAUGACAGAUCCGGCCACUUCGGAUGACAGACUCGCAUCGGAUAAGAAUCGUAGUGCGAAAACAACCCUAACGUACGACAUUUAACUAGUGAGAACAAACAAUCAUUAAAUGUGAAAAUUAACGAUACUUAACGACUUUUAACAUUACUUGUUUAUGAUAAAGUUUAGAUUUUUACCUUUAAACAAAGUAAAUUUUUGGUAUUGGUAUCAUUAACAAAUUCAGGGGUAAAAUAAUUUUUUUACUAAAAUUCUCAGAAAUACCGAUUUAUUCUACGCACAAAGUACACACCACAAACAAAAUGGUUAUACACAUACAAAAAAUAAAUUAUUUUAUAUCUUCAGUUAUUUAGAAAACAAUGUUAUAGAUAUAACGAGACCCUUAAAGCAACAUGGGAAAAGAGUAGUCAUAUGCAGGUGUUCCCAUAGAUAGUGUUGGCACAUUUGUGCAAUCAGAAACUAUUUCUAUCCUAGCAACUGAUCUUGUCAGAUAUAAAUGUUAAGACAAAGGACAGCAUCACAGGACAGGUGAUGUACACACAUAGCCUCCUUUGUCUUUAAUAUUGUCACCGUCCUGACGCCUUGUAUGUAUGAGAGCCAUACAUACCUGUCUGUAUCUACCCUAUGUAGCUGUCCCAUAAAUAAUGGAACAAACAUAAGUGAAGAAGAAGUCAUCAUUAUGAAGAAGAUAUCUUACAUAAUGAUGUAUAUUAAAGGUCAUCCAAGUUUUUUAAUGCUGUAGCUUCAAUUCAUAUAUUUUUUGGAUCUUUUUUGUGAAUUAGAAUAGUGUAUCUAUCUGACACAGUUAAUUGUUUAAUUUACGCGCCUGCAAAAACCAGCCAGGUUUUUAUUUUUUGCUGAGAAAUAAUGCUAUGGCUUGCCCCCAUUCACCGGAAGAUCAUAUUGAGGAUCUGAGCAGACCACAACUCUUCCAUAAAUAUUGUUAUAGUCAAACAUGUUUCUAUUUGUAUAAAAUAUAUUCAAAAAGUUAUAAUUAAAGUUAUUAUAAUAAUAAUAUAAUUUUUAAUUUGUACCUUAAUGUUAAUAAUUAACUAGUGUACUUGUUAACAACGAAAUUAUCAGUGUUCCCAGAUACAUUAAUUUUGUUUUUUUUUUAAUAUUGGUAAUAAUAUUAUAGAUACUAUGGAUACUAGAUUUUUAAUGUAUAAUUCAUUUAUUAAAUAUACACUUCUCAUCAAAAAAAUCGAAACACUUCCGUUUUCAUUGUUUCUGUCCGAAUUUAACACAAAAAAGAAUUCAUACGAUGAAAAAAAAUACAUAAAUGUAUAGCUGGCAGUUUGGCCAUUACAGUAAUAAGCGAAAAUUCUAAAUUCAAAAUUAGAAUUUCAUUUGUUUAUCUUAUAAACGAAAUGAAUCACUGUUUUGAGACAAAUGUGUGUUUAGGGUUGGAGUACAUUUAGCGUUUAAAAACUAAAAAUUGGCGCCUAUCCUUAAACUUUUUGUUUUUUAUUUCAAUACUGUGACUUUGGGACGUCUGAAAAAAGGUUUUUUUUCUAAAACGUAUGGAUACUUCGCCCACAGAAGCCGCCCAAGUUGUGGCAUUGCUGGAUUCUGGCCUUAGUCAGCGUGUUGUGGCUGCAAGACUGCAUCUAAGCCUGUCAUCUGUUCAUAGAGUCUAUAAACGUUAUCGGGAGACUGGUUUGUUCACGCGCCGUUCAGGAUCUGGCAGGAAUCGGGUUACUUCUGAGCGAGAUGAUCGAUUUAUUGUAACAACUUCUUUAAGAAAUCAACGCCUUAACGCUUUUCAACUGCAGCAGCGGCUUCGUGUUGUACGAAGGGUGGCUGUAAGUGACUCUACAAUUAGAAGAAGGUUGAAGGAUCGUGGACUGGUACCGCAUAAGCCAGCAAAUGGGCCGAAAUUAACUGCAGACCAUCGAAGAGCGCGCCUUAACUUUGCACGUGAGCACCUAAAUUGGUCAUACCUACAGUGGAGCAAAGUUCUCUUUUCUGAUGAGUGUAAAAUUAUGCUGUAUGGUAACGACGGAAGGAACAAGGUCUACAGAAGAGACGGAGAACGCUAUGCACAAUGCUGCAUUGAAGAAAAGGUCAGCUAUGGUGGCGGUUCGUGGACGGUUUGGGGAGGAAUCAGCGCCGACGGUAAGACAGAGCUUGCUUUCGUGUCUGGGCCACGUCUGCCUGCACUAAACUGUCAUCGGUACGUCGAAGAGUGUCUCGAGCCUCAUGUGAUGCCCUAUGCACAUUUUAUUGGCAACGGCUUCAUAUUCAUGCACGACAAUGCUAGGGCUCACACCGCGGGCGUCGUACGACAUUAUCUUAACGAAGUCGAUAUCUCUAUUAUGGAAUGGCCAGCAAGAAGCCCGGACAUGAAUCCCAUUGAACAUCUGUGGGAUGAAUUAAAGAGACGAAUUCGAGCAAGAGAUCCUGCCCCAGAAACACUUAGCCAGCUGCAAGAUGCAAUCUGGAAAAGAAAAUCUGGAAAAGGAAUGGGACAAUAUACCACAGCAUGUGAUCGUGACUCUCAUCCGAUCGAUGAAGAACCGUAUGGAAGCAGUAAUUAGAGCUCGGGGAGGGAAUACAAGUUAUUAAAUAAACGUUUUUUAGCUUUUUUUUUUCAUUUACGUGUGUUGUUUUAUCCAUUUCCUUUAUACUCCAUACGGAAUAAAAAUGACUCAUUUAACAAAAUACGAAACCUAUGAAAAAUUCAUUUAAAUUUAGAACAUUAAGAUUUGAUAAGCUCAUAUUACUCACUAUUAAACGACAUUUAACAUUUAUUCCUAAAUGUACACAUUUUUCUGAUAAUCCUGACAAAACGUAAACUUGCAAGGUGUUUCGAUUUUUUUGAUGAGAAGUGUAUUUAAAACAUUAACUUUUAUAGCUGUUGUAAAAGAGAAAUAUACCUGUAAUUAAAUCUU